AUGCGUUGUAUUGAUAGUCUUCUAUAUCAAAUAUUUCUUUUUGUAACUUUACUGUAUAUCAUUAAUACAGUUGAUUCAAAAACUAUUGAAAAUGAUCUUUCAAAAUCAAUUUUUGAUUUUACACUUGGAUUUACUCGUCAUCAUUCAUCAUCGAAUAUUGUUGGUCGUCGUAAUUUAGUUUGGUCACCAUUAAGUCUUUAUCAAGCAAUGUUAAUGGUUGGUGAAGGUGCUAAUGGUAAUACAUUUAAAGAAUUUGAACAUAUAACACAUUUAAAAACUAAACAAGCUUAUCGUGAAUGGUCAACAAGUUUUUUAAAUGAUGUAAAAAAAAAUUUACAAGAUAAUCGUCAAUUAAAUAUAUCAUUAAAUAUUGCUAAUCGUUUAUAUGUUGAUGAUGAAUUUGAUUUAGAUAAUGAAUUUAAUAAAAUUUUAGAAAAAUAUUAUCAUAGUCAAUUAGAAUUAAUUGAUUUUAGUCAAAAAGAAAAAUGUGUUGGUCAUAUUAAUAAAUGGAUAUCAAAUCAAACAAAUAAUAUAAUAAAAAAUAUUUUAAAAACUAAUGAUAUUCAUCCAUUAACACGUAUUAUGCUUAUUAAUGCAUUAUAUUUUAAAGCACCAUGGUUUAAAACAUUUGAUAGUGAAUUAACAACAAAAGAAAAUUUUACAUUAAGUACAGGUAAAUUAAUUCAAUUACAAACAAUGCAUUUAACAUCACAUUUUUCAUAUUAUUAUGAUAAAAAACAUAAAUCACAAUGGAUUAAUUUACCGUAUAAAGGAAAUAAUCGUUAUGUAUUAACACUUGUUUUACCUGAUAAUGAUAUUGAAUUACGUGUAUUAGAAAAACUUUUACGUAAUUCAAAAAUUUUAUUAAAUAUUUUUUCAUUACUUGAUAAUCGUACACGUUCAUUAACACGUAUAAAAUUAUCAUUACCAAAAUUUCGUAUUGAAUCAACAUUAGAUUUUGUUCAAUAUUUUAAACAAUAUUAUAAUGUUAAAUUACCUUUUGAUGGUGAUAAAGCUGAUUUUAGUUUAAUGAGUUCAACACGUGAACGUGAUUUAUUUAUAUCAAAAAUUCUACAUAAAUCUGUUAUUGAUGUUGAUGAAAGUGGUACAGAAGCAGCUGCUGUUACUAUUAUACAAAUGUUAUCUCGUUCAGGAAUGUUUUUACAUGAAGAUCCAAUAGAAUUAACAUUUUCACGACCUUUUCUAUUUUAUUUACGCGAUAUUAAUAUCAAAGUGCCUUUAUUUGUAGGUAGAUUCACUGGACUGCCUAUGUCAUGA